CAUUCUUCUCAUCUCCAGCUGCAAAAGCUAAACGACCAUGGAAAUCGCCACCGCGCGCAGCCACAACCCUAAACGGAAACGCGACGCCACCUCUCCUCCCCCACCAUACUCCAACGGUGAAACCACCACCGAAGAAAUCGACCUCUCUCUCCUCGACGCAAUAGAAAAAUCCCAAUCCUUGUCAAAGUCCCAACCCAUAGAAACCCUAGAUCCCAAAACCCUAAAAAAACUAAUCCUCUCCUUCGAACGCAAAUACAAAGAAAACAUCGAGUCCCGCCUCAAAUACCCUGACCAGCCGGAAAAAUUCGCCGAUUCCGAAAUUGACCUCCAUAACGAGCUCCACAAACUCAAAAUACUCUCCUCUGCACCGGAACUUUACCCCGAUUUAAUAAACCUGAACACCAUUCCUUCCGUUUUAUCCCUAUUAUCACAUGAAAAUACUGAUAUUGCCAUCGAUGUUAUUCAGUUAUUACAAGACCUAACCGACGAGGAUGUAGUGGAAAUGAGCAACGAGAACGAAGAGGAGUCGAUGAAGGCUCUGGUUAACACGCUUAUCGAGAACAAUGUGUUGGAAUUGCUAGUGCAGAAUUUGCAGAGGUUGUCGGAUUCCGAUGAUCAGGAUGAAAUGGCGGCGGUUUAUAACACGUUGGCGACGGUGGAGAACAUGAUUGAGGUGGAGCCGAAGGUGGCGGAGAUGAUUUGUGAGAAAACGAGGGUUUUGAAGUGGUUGUUGGGGAAGUUGAAGGUGAGGGAGUUUGAUAGUAAUAAGCAGUAUGCGGCGGAGAUUUUGUCGAUUUUGUUGCAGAAUAGUGAGGCGAAUCAGAAGAAAUUGGGGCAAAUGAACGGGGUUGAUGUGGUUUUGCAGGCGGUUGCGAUGUAUAAGAGUAAGGACCCGAAGAGUGGGGAUGAGGAGGAAAUGGUGGAGAAUUUGUUUGAUUGUCUGUGUUGUUUGUUAAUGCCUUUGGAGAACAAGGAGAGGUUUGUGAAGGCAGAGGGAGUGGAGUUGAUGAUUAUUAUUAUCAAACAGAAGAAAUUGGCUUAUGGGUCUGCGAUUAGAGCGCUUGAUUUUGCUAUGACUAAUUAUCCGCCGGCAUGUGAGAGGUUUGUUGAUGUUUUGGGGCUGAAAACUGCUUUUGCUGCCUUCAUGGGUAAGAUUCCCAUGAGCAAGAAGAAUAAGAAAGAACGAUAUCAAGAGGAGUUAGAAGAGCGUGUUAUUUCCCUAAUUGCAUCAUUAUUUGGUGGAAUUUUGAGAGGUUCAAGAAGGGAGAGACUGCUAAGUAAAUUUGUGGAAAAUGAGUGUGAGAAGAUAGACCGCCUUAUGGAACUCUAUAUAAGAUAUUCAGAUAGAGUAAAAGAAGAGACUAAACGAAUGGAUGAGCUUGAAUUGGAUGAUCUGGAGAUGGAUGGAGAUGAAAGAUAUAAUCGAAAACUAGAAUCUGGACUGUACACCCUUCAGUCGAUAGCCAUUAUUCUGGGCCAUCUUUGGUGCUCCGAGCACCCUCGAAUGAGAGCAAGGAUUGAACUAUUAUUGAAGCAGCAAAAGCUUACUAAGAGCGAUGUUAAGGAUAUACUUCUGGAAUAUCAUGAUAACAUUGGUGACCUCGAUGGACCUGAAGAGAAGGAGCGAGUGCAAGCAAGAGUUCUGAAAUUUAUAUCAGCCUUCGAACUUUCAUAGAGACCUAGUUUUGUUGAUAGGAUUGAAGGUUACUGUUGUAAAAUGGUCCAGCCCUCACACUUUCUUAGAGGCUUAAGAUGUUUUGAUAGGGUUGAAGCAUACUCUUGUAAAAUUUCAUUAAGCCGUUUAUCAAAUGGAGCCCCCAUGAAAUGGGAAAGUUUAGAAGUG